AUGUCAGAUUCCAACCUUGACAUCAAACAUGAUCUCAAUAUGAAUCUCAAUAGAGACCUAAGGGAUUUCAAGGAUUUUAAGGAGUCGCCCAGAGACCUUCCCGUGUUACAGCGCAAAAGCUCGUCCGUGCUAAAUUCGCUAGCUUCCAAAAAGUUGUGUCACCAGCCGUCUAAGCUUGAUCUCAUCGAUGACACCACCUUGACGUCUUUGCCGCUACCGCCGCCGCCUCCCAAGGUCCGCCUCAGACGUGGCGACCUGAACUCUUCCAAACUCUCUAGAAUGUCCACUGCCACGUUUCAUGACGUGUCGACUGGCGCUGCAGGCGCUUCCUCCUCGUCGUUGGGCAAGUGUGCUACUUCCCUAGACUCGCUCGCCGCUAGCGUCCCAGCAUGGCCCGACGAAGUCUCACCCAUCAGCGAGCUCACAGAUGACAAUUAUGAUACCACCGUUGGGCCCGAUGACACGUUUGACGAGCACCAAGACCCUAUAGUUCUCGUAGAAGACUACGUGCGAGGAAUCCCAGAUGAGAUGGCCUCGACCCACAGUUUGACCAGAAAACAGAGUCUUGCCACUUUCAAACAGCGCAUGAUGACGGGCUCACGGUGUUUGUCGGCAGUGGUGUCGCCUGCCAAGUCGCCUUUUCGGGCUGGUAGCAAACGGUCUAUCUCCAAUGAGGACACCACCAUCGCACGCCUGGAGAUUGAGGAUCUAGAAGCCAUUUUUGGCAAAAUCCCAGGAUCCGACAAGCUCAAGUACUGCGAUCUCUGUGACAAACCGCUUUAUGAAAUUAGCUCCAUCAUCAGCAGCACUGAAGACCGUAAGUUGGCCUCGCAGAAUGAGGAAGAGGGAGAAUCCGCCAAAAAUGACAUCUCACAUCUAUACAACGAGUUCAUCUGCUGGGAAUGUAUCAAUGUUUAUGAACAUUUCCUCAAUGAACUCUACGAGGUGGAAGUUGGGGAGGAGAAAAGGAUGCAGCUACAGACAAAGAAAGACUCCUCCUCCACAGAGAAACUCCUCAGUAUGUUCAACAGCAUCAGAGAAACAUACCAUACUGAGCUCUCCGAGCCCCCCAAGAAGCAGACUAAGACGGCAUUUUCCACCGACUUGAUUGAUCGCUUACACUACUUGAGUACCAUGUCGGAACCCCAAAAAAAUGGUACGGAGUGGCUCAACAACUUGCGCCAGAGACUCCGGUGGCGGUGGAGGCUUGAAAAUCUCUUGCCAAAUCCGUUUGCAUUCGACAAGCACAGAAACGAUUGA